AUGCGUUGGACGGAUGCUCGCAACCUUGUCCACAUAUACGAUCUCUUCAACAAAUCAUUCAACUUCUGCGGGACGAGUAAGACUGUUCGUCUCUUGUUCGUCUCUAGCCAAAGCAAUGUGGAUGUUUCAAACAUAAACAUACAAGUCCAAGACACUUCUUCAGACACAGAGCCAAAGCCCGAAGAUAGGAUCAUCGAUACAAUAAGUAAUCGUGCACAGGGCAUGUUUAAAUGGGGCGAGCUUCAACUGGCCACCUUCCUAGAUGGGAGUUAUCCAUUUCGCCUUCCUGAAAACGUCGAGACGCGACUCGAUCAGCUGGAUGCCGAAAGUGGCUUACCUGAUCUGGUCUCCCUCUACAAGGAGAUAUACGAAAAAGAACACUCACCCCUCUAUGCCCAUGAACCCGCAGAAGCGGUCUCUCUCAAACCCGACGGUAGCUCGAACAGGCUUGUCCAUCGUCAAUACGUGCUGCGAAUGUGUAGCAAUUUCCUUGUCAUGGACCGCUGGACUCAAGUUCGUAUCGCGCACCUGUCUCUGGUAGAAUUCUUGAAGGGCGAAACCCUUGGCGACAUGUUCUCGGAUAGCUUUACACAUGCACAGGCAGCAGAGACAUGUCUUUCCUGCUUCCAGCCGGACGCAAGGUUGGUGGCAAGCAAGAUUUACGACGGAAAGUGGGAUGCGUACUUCUUCUCUGAUUACGCCGGUAAAUAUUGGCUAGCUCACUGUCGGUCAAUAUUUGAAGUUGAGAGACAACACGGCCUUCAGGGGGAGCUUUUUGCCCAAUUUUUCUCUGACGCGCAGUCGAAGCCUACUUUCAUUGCAUAG